AUGGGUGGCACCUUACCGUUGGCUGAAUACCUUCUCGCACGACUCAAGCAGUUGAAUAUCGGCGCCAUCCACGGCGUUCCAGGGGACUACAAUCUCACUCUCUUGGACUAUGUUGAGCCGGCUGGACUGCUUUGGGUGGGCAGCGUCAAUGAGCUGAACGCCGGGUAUGCCACAGACGGGUAUGCCCGAAUCAAAGGCAUGGGGGCUCUGAUCACCACCUUUGGCGUGGGGGAAUUGUCAGCGAUCAACGCCAUCGCCGGCGCAUUUGCUGAACGAGCUGCUGUCGUUCACAUUGUCGGCGUUCCACCACGUCACAUGACUGCUACGAGAGCGAACAUCCAUCACACGCUGGGAGACGGUGAUUAUGACCAUUUUCGAUCGAUGGCGGCGCACGUGACCGUCGCCCAGGCCAACCUAUCCGAUCCCCGGACGGUGCCACAACAGAUCGAUGCAACGCUGUUGCAGUGCCUCAUCCACAGCCGGCCCGUGUACAUCCAGGUGCCUGUUGAUGUUGUCUCAGUGCACGUCGAUGCGACUGCCCUUAGCAACCCCUUGGUGGUUCCGGAUAUGAUAUUUGGGACUGGCCAGCGCCGAGGCGUGCAAGAAAUCGCAGAUCGCAUCCACUCGGCAAAGCGACCCGUCAUUCUCAUCGAUGGCGAGACGGCGGGACUGGGGAUUACGGAUCUCGUAGCCCAGUUGGUCAAUGUUACCCAAUGGCCCACCUUCACUCUGGGAACGAGUAACGGUCUUGUCGAUGCCACGUUACCACAUGUCUAUGGCAUCUACCACGGAGCCUACGCAAGCCAGAGGCACCAAGAUAUGAUGGCUGAGGCGGAUUUGGUCUUGCACUUCGGACCUCAUCUGAGUUCGACCAACACCAGCGGUUUCACCGCGAUUCCUGAAAGAUCGAAGACCAUCAGCUUCACCCACGGUGAGGUGCAGGUCGGAGACAAAGAGAUCCACCGAGAUUUACCAGCCAGGGUUGCGCUGUCCGAACUGUUGCAUGGGCUGGAAGACAAGAAGCUGGCCGGAAUCGCGACCAAAGAAGAAACAAAUGAUGGCGUCGAGGAGGCCGUGGCGGCGGAACGGCCAGAUCUCUCGAGCUUUCGGGACGUGUCCCUAAACGAUGCCAUCCGGCAAAAAGAGCUCUGGCGGUUGCUUGCGACGUUUCUCCGACCAGGAGACAUAGUGAUGGCAGAGACAGGCACAGCGGCUUACGGCGCUCGACACAUGUCUCUGCCCAAGAAUGCUCGAUUGUUGGUGCCCAUGACCUGGCUGUCCAUUGGAUACAUGCUCCCUGCGAGUCAAGGGGUCGCAUUGGCACAGCGGGAGCUCUCCAAGACCAAACCCACCAGCACCGAAUCGGAUAGUGGUCGAACGAUUCUUGUUAUCGGAGACGGCAGUUUCCAAUUGACAGUUCAAGAACUGGCCACCAUCAGCCAUCAUCGACUAAACGUCGUCAUCAUCGUCCUCAAUAACCAGGGCUACACCAUUGAGCGGUGCAUCCACAACAAGGAGGCGAGCUACAACGACAUCACUGCCUGGCGCAAUCUGCUGGCGCCAAGAUUUUUCGGGGCUGAGGAAGAUGUCUACACUGCCUCUGCGAGGACAUACCAGGACUUGGAGCGUGUCUUGCGCGACGAGCAACUCUCGCACGGACAGACGCUGCGAAUGGUCGAGGUAUUCCUGGAUCGGUUUGACGCCCCUAGUGGACCGCUGCAAGACAUGAUCAACAAGCAAGCUUAG